CGGGCGGGGGCGGGCCAUGGCCCUGCUGCUGUGCCUGGGCCUGACAGCAGCGCUGGCCCGCGGCUGCUUGCACUGCCAUGGUAACUUCUCGGAUAAGUUUUCCUUCUACCGUCAUCACGUGAACCUCAAGUCCUGGUGGGUGGGCGACAUCCCCGUGUCGGGCUCUCUGCUGAGCGACUGGAGCCAGGACACAAUGAAGGAGCUGCACCUGGCCAUCCCCGCGGAGAUCACCCGGGAGAAGCUGAACCAAGUGGCGAACGCCGUGUACCAGAGGAUGGAUCAACUGUACCAGGGAAAGAUGUACUUCCCGGGGUAUUUCCCCAACGAGCUGCGAGCUAUCUUCCGGGAGCAGGUGCACCUCAUCCAGAAUGCCAUCAUCGAAAGCCGCAUCGACUGUCAGCGUCACUGUGGCAUCUUCCAGUACGAGACUAUCUCCUGCACCAACUGCACGGAUUCGCACGUCGUCUGCUUUGGCUACAACUGCGAGUCAUCAGCGCAGUGGGAGAGAGCAGUGCAGGGCCUCCUCCAGUACAUAAAUAAGUGGCACAGAAUGGACACCAAUACAAGCUUGAUAUCACCAAGCUUCACAUGUCUGGAGCCCCCACACCUGGCCAACCUGACUCUGGAAAACGCCUCCGAGUGCCUGACGCAGCACUGAGGGCAGCCCGGCCGGCCAGACCCGUCCCGCCACAGUGCAGGGCCAGAACUCCGCUGGACCGGCUCGGCCAGACCCUGUGGAACAGGCCUACUGCUGCCUGGGGGCCCCACCUGCCUUGGAGCCCGGGGCCAGGCCAGGCCAGGCCAGGGCCGGGAGGAGGGGAUGGGAGAUAGAUGACUUUGUAUAUAGCGCAGCGUAGAUGCGGGCAGGAUUGCAGCCAUGUGAUGGAAUGAUUAAAUAUCCCUGAUGUUUC